AUGUCAACUACAAUAACAAGAUCACCUUCACCGACCUUCACCUCUUCAUCAUCUUCACCAUCAUCAUAUUCUCGUCGAUCAUAUUCGUCUUCACCUGCAGCAUCGCCAGCACCUUUUCUCACACCUAAUCCAUUCGAUAACACAUCUACUUUCUCAAGACCUUUACCACGUAGAUUGCUUUCUUUACAACCUACUAGACCUUCACCUUACCCAAUAACAUCCCCCAUUUCACCACUUGUCUCCCCCAUUUCACCCAUAUCCUCUGCUACCAUCCUUAACCCUACGAGCAGCGGUAUUGGAAACGGUAAUGGUAAAGGUCGACCUGGCCUAGGUAAAAGUUCGGGCAGACCUGGAAUAUCACAUCGAUCACAUUCAUUCUGUGCAUCUGGAAAUAAUUCAACUUAUGCUUUAGCUUCUGCACCCUCUAAACAUCUUUCUCCGGAUAAAAAAAUCUUGGUAGCACCUCCAUUAGAAAGAACUAUAAGUUCAUUAGGUUCAAGAGGUAAUUGUUCACCACCGACUCAACAAAUGCAAAGACCUUUUAAAGGCAGUUCAGACUUUGAUGAUUAUCCAAACAAAAUUAAAGGACGAACAACACCAACUAGACCAAGAACGCCUUUGGGUACUAUCGAAGGUGUGUUAAGUGAAAAAGAUAUAAAUCAAUCAACACACAAUUUCACUAAACAAAAUAACAACCAAAUACCUCAAUCUGUGAUUCCUACUAUCUUCGUACACCCAUCAACUACACCACCUAGACCAUCACUUUCAACGAUGCGUAACCCUUCCAAUGAUUCUUCAAGAUCUUCAUCUUACACGAUAAUGACACCUACUACACCUCAUGAUCUCCUAUUCGGUAGCAUCCAGGAAGACGAAGAGGAUUUAGAGAGUGUCAAAAGCGUCGAGUUGGCAGUUAGCGAUUUAGUAAUUUCCUAG